AUGAAUAAAAAAACAAUUAUUGGUGUUGGUGGAGUGAUGGUGAUGGUUUAUUGUGGAUAUAAGUUGUAUAAUUAUUGGAAAGGUGAAGUGAAAAGUGAAGUGGAAAGUGAAGUUGGUGAUGAAGUUGGUGAAAUAGAAAAUUGUGAAAAAAGUGAAGAAAAGUGGAAUUUAUUUUUCUGUCGAAGAAUUAAUCAGGCCAAGAAAGAAGAAAUGACUAACAAGAUCAAGUAA